GCUGGCUAUGCUGUGAAAAGCAUGUUGAGGGUGGCCCUUUUGCCUGUAAGAUGCCUGCUAACCUGUGGCCCCUGACAGCACCGGUAGUAAGGCUCAGCAAAGUUACUCGGUGGCGCUUGCUGCUGACGCCUCCCCAGGACAAGAUCCAGUCUGCAGGAGUGGUGGAUCCCCAAAAACAAACCAGGAGGGAGCACAGGCUGCAAAAGGGUGGCUUUCCAAGAAUCUCUCCCUUCUCGACUUCUCACAUAGUGACUGAUCAGACCUGCCUGCCAUGACAGUGAGCCACAUCUUGUAGCUGUGAAUUGUCUUCUCCUUGUGAAGCUGCAUACCCCUCAUCUGCUGUCGGGCGUACGCGUCUGUAGUUCUUCUCACCUCUCUGUAACAGCCCCUUCUGCAUGCUCAUUUGUCACUGCUCUAGCUCUUGACUUCCUCUUGCAAGUUGAAAGUGACCAUAACUCAACCUGAAAUGAGAGACUCGAAACCAAAGACAAAUGGUAAGUUCAACAGAUGCCUUGCGCGUACAACCUCAAGAUGAUUUAACAACUGAUUCUUUCAGAUACUCCUAAUUAGUCACCAAAGAACCCUUUGUGCAAGAGACAAGUUGACUGCCCCAAGCCACACUAGGGCUCGGAGCAGUGUCAAACCAGAGCUGCAUCUGAGCUCUGUGCUUCACAGAGUUCCAGGCUCCCGGCUGGGACACUGGCUAACUGGAGAGGCCGAACGUCCAGGCAGCAAAGAUUGUGUCCCCCUCCAAAGAACUGAAGGACGUCUUUUUCUGACCUUGGGGCUCAGUUCGGUUGCUGCUGGUCUCCUGCCCCAGGGGAAACUGAUGCAUGCGUCACCUCUGCUCUUCUUUUUAGAAUAAGAUGAAGGUGUUGCUGAGCCUGACUCUGGUGCUGACAUGGCUGGAGCGAUGCAGCGGGUCGGCCGGCUGGGUGUUCACGGAGCCUCAGCUUCGAGCCAGCGCUGGGGACUCUGUCCUGCUGCAGUGCCUCUUCCUAGGCCCGGUGGCCAAGGACUGGACCUUGGACAAAGUAGACUGGCUGCGCACGGCAGGACCCGGCACGCAGAAGGAGGAGAUGGUGUUUUAUUACUACAGCAACCGUAGCAUCCCUGUGGGCCGUUUCCGGGACCGGGCACAGUGGCGAGGGGACGUCUCCCACUGGAAUGGCUCUAUCCAGCUGCAGAACAUACAGGUGAAUGACAGCGGCACGUACGUAUGUGAGAUCCGGCUGAUCCAGAGCAGCAGCAUCUUCAAGAACCACACGGUGCUGCACAUCAGCCCUGUAGGACAGAGAGCAGGACGAGGAGCAGCACACGCCCAGGACGCUGCGGCCCCAGGAGACACUUGGUUUUGGCCUGCGAUUGUUGGGUGUUGCUGUGUGGCUGUUGUGCUGGCAUUCCUGGCUGGACUCUGCCUCAGGAAGAGGUCUGCAGCCAACACAGCCCUGGAGAGGACUGGAAACAGCAGCAAGAACAAAGCAGAGGAAGCGCUCUACUCCUCAAUCCCUGGAGAUGAGCUACCCAAGGCUGAGCAGGAUGCAGGGAAGAAGAAGAAAGCCGAGGAGACCUACGUAACCAUGCGUUCCUCUCCCUUCCAGGAGAACGGUGUCUACGUGGAGCUGGCCAAGAGGGUGAUCCCGUCAGAAUGGAUGGGACAGGGGAGACAGGGGGACAGGCAAAGCGAGGAACCCUACAGCAGACCAGAGGGGCUUCCCUGGGCUCCAGAGGGGAAGAAAUAGCCAUGCUGGGGCAUGUAAGCCCCUCAGCCAGCAGGUGUGUGCAAGACAUCUUUGCUCCUUCGGGCAGGCCAGCGUUCUGCUGCUGUCAGCCCUUCCUCUAAGAAGCAGUGUCACUUCACUGUGUGCUCCGUGCCAGAGCCACUGCUGGGGCACGUCCCACCCCGCUGCCUGCCGGGACAGAGAUGAGUCUCUCUGGCUCUUGUCUGCUGGUCUCUGGAGGGGGGCACAGCGGGCACAGCCUCCAUGCUCUAGCUUUCAUCCUGGUCCAUGCAGCUCCAGGUCCCGAGACAAGGACCUCCAAGGAAGAGCCUGGCGGGGGGACGAAGGGGGAGAUGCAGCGGGAGCCGUGCCAACGGUAUCUUCUGAAGAUAAUAAAACUCAGGGAGU